AUGGCUACCGGUAUGGUGGAAGAUACGAGCUUCGAGGACGAGCAGCUGGCCGCCAUGACCACCGAGGACAUUAUCAGAGCCACUCGCCUUCUUGACAACGAGAUCCGAAUACUCAAGGAAGAAAUGCAAAGAACAAAUUUGGAGUUGGAUUCAUACAAGGAGAAGAUAAAGGAGAAUCAGGAAAAGAUUAAGCUCAAUAAGCAGUUGCCUUACUUGGUGGGCAACAUUGUUGAGAUUCUGGAAAUGAACCCAGAAGACGAGGCUGAGGAGGAUGGUGCAAAUAUUGAUCUUGACUCACAAAGAAAGGGGAAGUGUGUUGUUUUGAAAACAUCUACUCGCCAGACUAUCUUCCUGCCUGUUGUUGGGCUUGUUGAUCCUGAUAAGUUGAAGCCUGGUGAUCUUGUUGGUGUGAACAAGGAUAGUUACCUGAUCUUGGAUACGUUGCCAUCCGAGUACGAUUCUCGAGUAAAGGCUAUGGAGGUCGAUGAAAAACCGACUGAAGACUACAAUGACAUUGGAGGGCUAGAGAAGCAGAUUCAAGAACUGGUUGAGGCAAUUGUUUUACCCAUGACCCACAAAGAGCGGUUUCAGAAAUUAGGGAUUCGUCCACCAAAGGGAGUGCUAUUGUAUGGACCUCCUGGAACUGGUAAAACAUUAAUGGCUCGGGCUUGUGCUGCACAAACCAAUGCUACUUUUCUGAAACUGGCAGGCCCACAACUGGUUCAGAUGUUCAUUGGGGAUGGAGCAAAACUUGUUCGUGAUGCCUUUCAGCUUGCAAAAGAGAAAUCCCCCUGCAUCAUUUUCAUAGAUGAAAUUGAUGCAAUUGGCACAAAGCGAUUUGAUAGUGAAGUUAGUGGAGAUAGGGAGGUGCAACGUACAAUGCUUGAACUGCUUAAUCAGCUUGAUGGCUUUAGUAGCGAUGACCGGAUCAAGGUGAUAGCAGCAACAAAUCGUGCUGACAUCCUCGACCCUGCUCUCAUGCGUUCUGGUCGGUUGGAUCGUAAAAUUGAGUUUCCACAUCCCACGGAAGAUGCAAGAGCUAGAAUUCUGCAGAUUCACUCGAGGAAGAUGAAUGUCCACCCAGAUGUGAAUUUUGAAGAAUUAGCUCGGUCCACUGAUGAUUUCAACGGUGCACAACUAAAAGCAGUGUGUGUGGAGGCAGGCAUGCUGGCUCUGCGUCGGGAUGCAACUGAGGUCAACCACGAGGAUUUUAAUGAAGGUAUCAUUCAAGUUCAGGCGAAAAAGAAGGCGAGCCUCAACUAUUACGCAUAG